UCCAGAAAACUCACACGUGAACGACCCUCCGUCCCUGCGAAAUCUCUCCUCAAGCCUCGGCCCUUGAACUCUCUCUCAUCGUGAACAGAGCCCUAAUCCUCCGCAGCUUCUCUUCCCCAACCUUUGAUCGACAAUAUCAGACUCCGAUCAAUCUUAGGGUUUCACCAACGAUCCAAGUUCGUCGCCAUGUACAGAACCGCAGCUUCGCGCCUCCGGGCUGUAAAGGGCCGAAACUACAAUAGGGGACUUGCCAGAUAUGCAAGUUCUAGUGCUGUUGCAACAAACCAAUCCUCAUCCAUUUUUGGAGGUCUGUUUGGAUGGCUGACUGGGGGAAGUUCCAGGAGUUCGACUCCGCUAGAAUUCCCGCUUCCCGGUGUCAACCCCCCACAUGCAUUGCCGGACUACGUUCAACCAGAUACUACCAGGAUCACGUCUCUUCCUAAUGGCCUCAAAAUAGCUUCUCAAACAUCAGCGACUCCGGCUGCUUCAAUUGGUUUGUAUCUUGAUUGUGGUUCAAUCUAUGAGACACCAGUGUCAUUUGGUGCCUCACACCUGCUGGAGAGAAUGGCUUUCAAGACUACAAGAAACCGGAGCCACUUGCGCGUUGUAAGGGAGAUUGAGGCAAUUGGUGGACAUGUGCAAGCCUCAGCUUCUCGCGAACAGAUGGGUUACACUUUUGAUGCUCUAAAGACACAUGUUCCCGAAAUGGUAGAGCUCCUUGUUGAUUGUGCAAGGAAUCCUUUUUUUCUGGACUGGGAGGUGAAUGAGCAGCUUCAGAAGGUGAAAGCUGAGAUUAGUGAAGCUUCCAAAAACCCUGAAGCUUUGGUUUUGGAAGCUAUUCACUCUGCUGGUUAUGCGGGUGCCCUAGCUAACCCACUUCUAGCUCCUGAAUCAGCAAUAAAUAGAUUGAAUGGUACAAUUCUGGAGGAAUUUGUUGCCGAAAACUACACUGCUCCAAGAAUAGUACUUGCAGCUUAUGGGGUUGAACAUGAAGAAUUAGUAUCCAUUGCGGAGCCACUUUUGGCUGAUCUCCCUGCUGUCCCUCGUCCUGAGGAGCCAAAAUCUGUGUAUACGGGAGGUGAUUAUCGUUGUCAAGCUGAUUCAGGGAGCACCCAUUUUGCUCUUGCAUUUGAGGUUCCCGGCGGCUGGCAUAAGGAAAAGGAAGCUAUAAAAUUAACUGUUAUUCAGAUGCUUUUGGGAGGAGGUGGAUCUUUCUCAACCGGCGGACCUGGAAAAGGGAUGCACUCACGGCUUUAUGCACGUGUCUUGAAUAACCAUCCACAAUUCCAGUCUAUUUCAGCAUUCAGCAACAUCUACAACAAUACUGGCAUUUUUGGCAUCCAAACUACUACUAGUUCUGAUUUUGCGGCAAAAGCAGUCGAUAUAGUCGCUAAUGAGCUUAUUGCAAUUUCAAAACCUGGAGAAGUUGACCAGGUGCAGUUAGAUCGUGCUAAAAAGUCGACGAAGUCUGCCAUUCUCAUGAAUUUGGAAUCUAGAGUGAUUGCUUCUGAAGAUAUAGGGAGACAAGUUCUGACUUAUGGGAAGAGGAUGGAAGUGGAUCAUUUCUUGAAGGCCGUGGAUGAGGUUACAGUAAAAGAUAUUGCUUCAACUGCCCAAAAGCUUCUAUCUUCUCCUCUCACAUUGGCAUCAUACGGAGAUGUCCUUUACUUCCCGAGCUACGAUACAGUUAGCAACAAGUUCAAUUCAAAGUGAUUCUUUUGUACACUGAACUGGGCCGGCACCGGCCUUUUGUGACUAUAGCGUUUGAGAGUUCCAUCUCAUCAAGUUCCCUUUUGAGCUAAUUUCUGUUUUGAAAUAAGGAAGUAUUAUUGUUCAUCAUUCAAUAAAUUUUUGGUUCUAGCACCAUCACUUUUAUGUUCCUAAUUUAGUGGUGGUAGAGUUUGUAAGACAGAAUGGGUUUGUUCCGUCUUCGGAUAGCGUCAUUGUCUAUUUCCUUUGCUACUGAUAAAGAAGAAAAAGACUCGUAUUUUUUUGUUCAGGUUUAAAAGUUACCAACCUGAAGUGAAUUUUCGGAGAAA